GGACGACGAUCGCAUCGCCGCCAUAAGCCUUUCUGCAUUCUGUGUUCUCUGCAAAGCUCUCCAUUUGAUUAAUACUUUCCAAAGGCGGCACCGUUCGCAGCUGGAAGUCCAUUCGCCACAUCUGUCUUGAAAGAACUCGAAGGCUCACUUUCGAAGGCAGCCACCGCGUUCGACCAGCGCGUCUUGCCCAUCGCACAUCACAUUUAAUUUGCAGCUCAUUUCCCCUGCAUAUCCUUUCUUGCCAUUACCGACAUCCGCCUAUGCUGUCUCCGCUAGGAUUGUCUCCUCCUUGUUCUCGCCCUUCAAAUAGGAUGUCCUCUGCAAAGUCUUUACCCCAAAUCAACCGUAUGACGUCGAAAAUCACCUCUUCGACGGAUCGUUCUUCAGCAGACUGGCCAACGUUCGACGACAUCUUACACCGUUUCCGCAACUCCCCGCACAGCAUCCCUCAACCUCACUGCAAUCCAAAGGCUCAGAUGCCCCCUCUCGAAAUCCCUUCGCCACAGCGGUUAGGCCCCGCGUUCGAGCUAAACCCACCAACCCCACUGUCGUCUACCUCCUCCUCACCGUAUCUCAACAACGUCCACAACGAUUGUGUCAUCGAUAUCUUCGCCCCAAAGAUGUCCUUGCCCGACCUAUCGCCGUCAUCUUCCUCCAGCAGCGAUUAUGGCCUCGGCUCCAAUACACCCUUUACCAAAGGCAAUCUGUCUGGUCGGUGGUCACUGCAUGAAGCUUUCGCAAUUACCUGUUCGCGCGUGAUUCUGCCCUCCAGCAUGUCAGGUGGCAGUGCCCCCGUCCCGAUGUCUAUGUGGACUGUGCGCGGUGAACCCAGGCGCGAGCCAGAAGAUGUCUGGGCUGUGUUUCGAUGCCAUGAUGACGCUUAUACUGCUCUCUCUCUCUUUCACCCUUUCAUCUCUAUCGUUCCUGCGUUAGAGAGUGAUUUGGAACCCUUCGACAAGCUCCGACCGCUGGAGGUGUCACCUAUGCACGCGUCUCCGUCACCCGCCCUUUCUCGAGCUCACCCUCAACACCAUCUUCGCAUGUCGUUUUCUACGCCAGACUUGCAAAGACGUGCACAAGCGGGAAUGCCCGGUAUGAUUCAUGGAUCGAUCACUGCCCAAAAGGAGGAUUUCGUCAUAUCCAGCAACCCCCCUAAUCCACGCACCACUUUUAGACUUGGAGACUGGAUAUGCAAUGCCCCAAAUUGUGCUGCACAUAACUUUGGGCGCAAUCUCGCAUGCAGAGGAUGUGGAUGUCCUCGCGCCGAGUAUCCUUUACCUUCAAUGCAGACCUGCGUCGCUCAAGCUGCUCGGCUUCCAUCCUCACCACGUUUCGUGGGCUCUGCUAACCCACCCAAGACCUACUCGCUCCCGCCUCCAAACAGUACUACGUCACCGAAUUCACGCCCGUCGUCGGUCUCGCAACCCAUCGUGGGUGUCGCAAAGUCACCCUCUCCGACGCAACCCCUCUUGACUCCGUCUGGUCGUGCAUUCUCCGUUGGUGGGAAGGUGCAGAAUAUAUCAAGUGACCCAUAUGCCCCCUGUGUCAUGUAUUGGCCAGACAACGAGCCCAUUCCUGAGCAGGGGCAGAUAAGACCAAGUGGAUUAGCAGCAGUUCCGCAACCCCCGAUUUUGAACACGGGUAAUAGAGGCCCCAUAGAGCACCAGCCGGGCGAUUGGAUCUGUUUAAAGUGCAACUAUCUGAAUUGGAGAAGGCGGAAGGUGUGCCAGACGUGCUAUCCUUACGCUGAAGGCAAUGGCGAUUCCAUCUCGGCUGCGGUACAGGCGGAGCGUAUAGCCUUACUCACUUCGUUGCUUUCCCGAGAUCAAGCACCGUCGGCUGGUUCCAAUAUGUCAGCCUCCGCUCGGGCACCGCGGUCUCACUCUAUGACGCCACCUCAACGUCACCGCAUGUUCCAGGAUAUUACUACUAAACAAACUUCAUCUCCCUACCGCUCCCGUUCACACAUAGAUCUCGGAGCGCAAUACGCUGAAUCUCAGUUCAUCUACGAAACAUCUGGUCCUAACAAAUCUUCUUCCUUCCCCUCGUUGAGUAGCCUUGAGGCGCAUCUACCAAGCGAUACGUCAGCAUCGCUCCUUCCUUCGUUUUUGCAAGAUAUAGUGCAGUCUCCUACAUUGUCGCCGACUUCGACAUCUUCUGCUGACUUGUCGAUUGAAGAGUAUGAGGACAGCUUCCCUUCUCCUCCGCGCUCGCUAUAUGGGCGUGAACACCUCAUCACCUCCAAUGAUUCUUCUUCUAACUUGCCUAUUGGGAACAACAUCUGGAGACUGAAUGGUGAGGAGUCCAAAGGACUUUCGGGUAUCGCACUUCCGAACCAGGAGGACCUAUUAGGUGGAAGCAGGAGAAGUAGCCGCGAAAUGUUACGCUACCAAGUUGUCUCACCUUGAAUCUAUCUAUAACACUAAUAUCCUAUUCGUUCUCAGUAAUCGCAUUAUACAUGGUCUAUUUCCCGGCUUCUCUAGAAUCUGGCAAUCAAUAUAUACAGCUCGUGGCAAAUAGGACGCAAAAAAGGAAUCGUUCAGUAUAUCUAAUAUCUGGUUAGGACAAGUGUGUUUCGGUGUUGUUGUUCGUUCGUACUCUGCUGGCUCAUAUGACGGACUUUAUUGUCUUAAAAGUUAAAUUAACGGGGUGUCGUUUACUACUAGUCGUACUAUCUACCCCUCUCUUUGUGUUACGUAGGAAUAGGUUCCUCGUCUUUUACACGUAUCCUUAUAACAUCUCUCAUCCAUUCCUCGCUCUCUAACCUUUUUAUUAUCUUGGUCGGCCAUAUAAAGUAUCUUGGAAUUUACCUACGCAAUAUUUAGUUUGACAGAAAUGAUAGCAUUGUUUGUGCUAGUAA